AUCCCUAAAUUUGAAUGCAGGAUGGCUCUCAAAAUUAAUAUCAGAAAUGAGAGUGUGUGAAUCAGAGAGAGAGAGGGGAAGAUGGAUUACAGCCUAGCAGCGCUGAAGGUGAUGUGCGGACAGCUGAGAAAGGCCAAAGAAACGACGUCGCAGAACGCCUUCACACUCGGCGGCGUCCUCUUCCAACGCGCCUGGUUACAGGGCGUUUUGGUCUCCGUCUCCGAUGACGCUCAAGGCCGUUUCGUUCUCGACGACGGCACCGGCGUCAUCCAUCUCUCCCUCUCCGGCGAUUUCCUUCACCGCAAUUGGAAGAUUGGCAUGUAUGUAAUGGUGGUGGGAGGAUACUUCGUCCGUUCAGGUGAACCACCCAUGAUUAAGGUACACAAGAUUGUUGAUCUUUCCCCGUUUCCAGAUCGAGAGUCAAUGUGGUAUCUUGAAGUCAUCGAAGCGUUCAAACUCUUCUAUCAACCUCUAUAUGAAGAAUGACAGCACCCACAUAACUCUGGCUCAUCUCUGGCCCCAAACCCCCACAUUUUGCUUAAUUCUGUAUGACAAAAUACCCAAAUCAUUUUUCCCUCCUCUCCGUCAAUCUUUGUCUUGACAGUAAUCCAAUGUAGGAUAUGGGAAUGCUUAUGUCUUCGUCUUUACAUCCAUGUAUAUUCUUUGAUAUCAAUACAUUCUUUUUUAAAACCUUAA